AUGGAGGCCUCCGAGGUAUGGUCGAUUGGCAGCAUCGACCCCAUGGGCGAAGAACUAAACCCCGCCAGGUCUGCUCAGUCUCGAUGGCUGCAGGCUUGUUUCUACAUUGCAGGCUUCGCGACACUCCUUGGGUGGCAAAUCAUAUUGAGCUUCACACACAGCUUCGACUGCACCCUUUUCCGCGGCAAGCGCUUUGCAGGAGCUGGAUGGGCAUUCUGGUGUUCGAUGGGAUACUCGCUAACUGUGAACAUUACCCAGCUGGUGCUUACAAGUCGCACCGUGGUCUCUCGGAUCCCUUUCGCCCUGCGCUGGAACGUCGCCGCCGUGUGCUCUGCCCUGUCACUGAUCGGCCUCUUGCUUUGCCAUCUCUACACCACCCCGGACAAUCUGGAGAUGGGUUUUGCCUUGGCGGUGGCUUGUGUUUCGCUCACAGGCGCGGCUUCCGGGAUCUGGCAGGCCUGCGCAUUCGGCCUGGCCGGAUGCCUCGCCCCAUCAUAUGCCCAGGCCGUCAUGUUCGGACAGGGCCUGAGUGGGGUGUUCUCAAGCAUUGUUGGUGCCUCAUUCAGCUCCUCAAGGCUUGGCCUGAUUUUCAGCUUCACCUUCGCCGCGGUCUUCGAGCUGCUGGGCAUCCCCGUCCUCUAUGCUAUGACUCGAAAUCCGAUUGUGCAGGAAGCUGGAGCCUUGAAGCCCGCGACGAUGGAGAACCAGGUGACACCGUCUAGCAGCCCAGUGCUGACCCGCGCACGCUCCUCACGCGAGAUCCUUGUCCAGAACGCCUGGCCACAGGCCGUGACAGUGGCUGCCGUGUUCGGUGUCAGCUUCACCGUCUUCCCAGGCGUCACAUCUCGGCUUUCGCCUGGCAGCCGCGUGCCGCUGCUCAUUUCGCUUUUUCAGAUCAUGGACUUCCUUGGCCGCUUCGCUCCGAAAUGCUCGGUGCUGCGCAUGGAUGAAGGGUCCGUGGUCUCCGCACUGGCCGCUCUGCGAAUCUUUUUUGUGCCACUCUUCAUCGCCAUGCAGCGCCAAAGCGAGCAGACUUGGGCCCACAAUGGUGUCUUGCAGGUUCUGGUGAUGGUUGCUUUUGCCUUUUCCAACGGCUAUGUGUCCACGUUGUCCAUGAUGCUUGGUCCAGCGCAACGCGGCGUUUCUGCUGAUGAACGAGAGCCCGUGGGUACAAUGAUGUCUUUGUCGUUAGUCUUCGGAAUUUGGCUUGGAAGCUUACUCGGCAUCGUCACCCAAGUCGGCAUGCAGGAGGUCAACACAUGCUGA